CGCGCGCGCUACUCCACGCGCGACUUGGGCUCGCGCGCCCGCCGGAAUCCCGCGGCCGAGGCACUCCUCUCCUCUCCUCUCCGCGCCGCGUCCCCAGACCGACUGGCCUCUAUCAUGACAUUCAUAAAAUGAUUCUACACUGUGACGUAUUUCGGAGAUGGAUGAUCUGCCAGAUGGCCAAGGGCAAUCCGACACACACUCUUCCGAUCCGAACUGGUUGCCCGGGCACAAGUUCCAGUCCAAUUCCCCGGCUAAACAGGACCGCAAUUCCGAUUUUGCGGAUGCUUCUCUUAAUUCUAGGGAAGUUGACCACGCAUUCUGCGCUUCUCAGGCAUUAUGGUCUACCGGGUCUCUAUCAAGUCCGAUACCCAACGGGUUUUAUUCAAUUAUUCCGGAUAAGAAACUGAAGGAGUGCUUUGACACCAUUCCUUCUCCAGAUGAUCUAUACUCACUUGGAAUAGAGGGCUUCAAGGCUGAGAUAAUUCUUGUCGACUUAGAGAAGGAUAAGAAGCUAUCCGCAAUAAAGCAGCUAAGUGUAGCUCUGGUAAAAGGGUUGCAUUCGAACCUAGCUGCAAUGAUUAAAAAGCUUGCAGGGUUGGUUUGCGACUUCUAUAAGCGACCAAACCCACAGCUCAGUCCUGCAAGAACUUCCUCUGAAGAAAUUUCUCAUUUCAUGGAAAACAGGGGAAUUCGAUUGUUGGGGCAGAUAAGACAUGGAUCUUGUAGGCCCAGAGCAAUAUUAUUUAAAGUCCUUGCCGACUCUGUUGGUAUUGAUUCCAAGCUGUUGGUGGGCAUUCCCAAUGAAGAAUCUCAUGAAUACGAUGACUCACCCAAACAUAUGUCUGUUGUUGUUAUGCUGAAUUCCGUGGAGUUUCUAGUUGAUCUAAUGCGUUUUCCAGGACAACUUGUUCCAUUCUCAUCCAAGGCAAUUAUCACAUCUCAUAUAUCUGCAGCUGGAGAGAGUGACUCUGCUGAUUAUGAUUCUUGUGAUUCUCCCCUUGAACCUAAUAGUCCUCUGUGCUCCCAACGGCAAGAGCAAGAUGAAAACAAUAGAUCCUUUAAAGUUCCGUCUCUAAGAGACAUCAUGCGUCGAACGUCGAACUCUAUGGAGGGUAAAUUGAGAUCCAGUUCAUCACAUAGCGAACCAAAUGUUGCCAAUGCUUUCAGCGGACGCCGCGGGAGGAAAGUUAGUGAACAUCAAAGAACUGCCAGUUCAAGUCCUGAGCAUCCAUUGUCCAGAGCUCAUGGGCGCUCUAACUUGGGUGAUAGACAGUACGGAGAUGGUGUAGCUGUAUCAAGGUCAGAUGGUGCAUCAACAUCAAAUGUGCGCAGAGGACGACAAAAAAGUAUGAGCACUGCCCCUGAAAUUGGUGACGAUUUUGCAAGGGCAGUCAAAGAAAUUAGUGAAAGCAUGCGGAAAAAUCGCCAUUCAAGGGCACAUAAUGAUGGUAGUCCAGGACAUUCAAAUGAUUCGCAACAAAAUGAAUCAGUUGGUGGUUUCAAUGGUGAUGAGGUGUCUGUAAGAGAACCAAAUGUUCAGGAGGGUUCAAGAAGGCAGAUUAGUACCCAGAAGGCAUUGUCCUUACCUUCAUCACCCCAUCGGUUAGGCAACCAUGGUUCUGAUCUCGGAGAACCAGCUGACUUCCUUACAGCAGCAGAUCUGAUGUCCAAGUGGAAUAAGGCGUUGCAAUCUUCACCAUUUCUGAACAAGCCGUUACUGCCUUUUGAGGAAUGGCAUAUCGAAUUCUCAGAAAUUACUGUUGGCACUCGUGUUGGAAUAGGUUUUUUUGGAGAAGUAUUCCGUGGCAUCUGGAAUGGAACAGAUGUAGCUAUAAAAGUAUUUUUGGAGCAAGAUUUAACAAUGGAGAAUAUGGAAGAUUUCUGCAACGAGAUCUCCAUACUUAGUCGUCUCCGACAUCCCAAUGUGAUAUUAUUCCUUGGUGCAUGUAUGAAGCCUCCUCACUUAUCUCUAGUCACUGAAUAUAUGGAAAUGGGUUCUCUGUACUACUUAAUUCACACUAGUGGCCAGAAAAGUAAGAUCAGUUGGCGAAGGAGGCUAAAAAUGCUCCGCGACAUCUGUAGGGGUCUUAUGUGUAUGCACCGUUUGAAGAUAGUUCAUCGGGAUCUAAAGAGUGCAAAUUGCCUUGUUAACAAGCACUGGACAGUCAAGUUGUGUGAUUUUGGGCUUUCUCGGGUAAUGUCGAAUUCUGCAAUGAGUGACAACUCAUCUGCAGGCACUCCAGAGUGGAUGGCUCCAGAGCUGAUUCGUAACGAACCAUUUACAGAAAAGUGUGACAUCUUCAGCCUUGGAGUUAUAAUGUGGGAGCUUUGCACUCUGAGUAGGCCCUGGGCAGGAAAGCCGCCAGUUCAGGUUGUUUACUCCGUCGCGAACGAAGGGGCAAGGUUGGAAAUACCAGAGGGACCUCUGGGUAGCUUGAUAUCAGAUUGCUGGGCAGAACCGGAUAAGCGUCCAAGCUGCCAGGAGAUCCUGACCCGUUUGCUUGAUUGCGAAUACACCUUAUGUUGAGCUAUUUUUGCUCCAGCAUGUAUAGCGGUUCUAGAGGCAGCAACAUCGGUCCGGCUUAUACAUCAUUUGCUUUUCCAUUUCUUAUCAUCGUGACAUCUUUGAGAUGUAAAUUAUCAAACUUUACUAUAAUAAUAUGAACUUAUAGCAUCUUCAGUAUUA